CUGACCUUUUGCUCUUGCCAAACCCUUUUCUAGGAUGUCUGGCUUCACACUGCUCAUGCUGCUCUUUGUGGGAAGCACCAUUACUUCUGCAUACAUUCUGCCGCUCUCAGACUCUUCCUAUUCUGGUGAGUUUGGAGGAAGCGGAGGGAAACGCUUUUCGCAAGCCGGAAACCAGAUGGAUGGACCAAUCACUGCCUUUAGGAUCCGGACAAAUCAAUACUACAUUGUGGGCCUCCAGUUCCGCUACUGCCGCCAGUGGAGUGACUUUGUGGGUGGCACUGAUGGGGAGACUGAGGAAAUCUUCCUGCAUGACGAUGAGGCCAUCAUCCAAAUCACUGGAAGAUACAACAGCUACCUCCAGAAUCUUGUGUUCAUCACCAACCAAGGGCGCAGCUUUGUUUUUGGAGCCUACAACGGCUAUAGCUAUCAUGGCUAUUAUGGCUUUACCUUCAAUGCUGUUCCACUUUAUAGACAUGCAGUCUUACGUUACAUCAGUGGCCGGGCUGCUUCUUACAUAGAUGCCUUGAGUUUCCACUGGGGUAAACAGCACAAGAAAGCUAAGAAGUGUAGGAAUCCCACAGCGGAUCAGAGGAAAUGAAACCCAAGUUAUUCAUUUUCACUGAAAGAGGGGCAAAGCAAGCAAAGGGUGUGCUAUAUUUGCAGGCAAUGCUUCGAGCUUUUGCUAUGUGCCACUAAUAAGCUAUAUCAGGGGUGGGCAGAUAGUGAUAUUCCAAAAUAGAGGGGAAUGGUGGUUUGGCCCAUCUGUAUGGGGGACACUGGGAUGCCUGCCCCAGAUUAGAUGCAUCACCUCAGUAGCUAAGAAGACCUUGUUGCCUAGUCUGCCAUUUCUAAUGUGUCUUCUUUUAUCAUGCAACUUUUUCCCACCUCCCCAUCCACCAAACCAUGCAGUCUUUCUCCACCUUCUUUUCCAUCCAGCCACAGCCCAUCACUUCUUCCAGCACAAUGUAAUUCCCUCUUUUCUCAGUCAACUGAAUCAACCAACAUCUGCCCCAAACUUAUUCUGUUUCUUCAGAGCUCUCUCUCUCUCUCUCUCUCUCUCUAAGUGCUGAGCAAUAGUUU